UUCUUUACUCCUGUAACUUCAUCAGACAUCUGUAUUUAUUUGUUUUAGCCGUUUUUGUUUGUUGGUUUUUUUACUGUCACGGACUUAAACUGCGGAAUUCGUACGUAAUCGGAUUUAAACCGGUUUUGAUUUUGGGGUACCGCCAGUUACCGUGGAGACUGCGCACCCUCCUCUCUUCGUUUUCGAUUCCAAUGGACUGGACCAUUAUUGCACUUCUGCAUGUUUUCCUGCAGCCAUCUCUAGCAGCGUUGUUUACAGUGGAGGCAGAGCAGACCUCAUACAUGUCGGAGUAUGGAGGAAAUGUUGUGCUGGGCUGCAAGUUUUCCUCCCAACCAGAAAAUCCUCAGAAUGGCCUGAAGGUUAUCUGGCACUGGAUGACCAGCAACCCGCAGGAAGUGAUGCGACUGGAAGACAGCGUGGAGUCCUUUGCAUCUCCGAAGUACCGUGGUCGAGUGAAGCUUCUCUCUGAUGAGCUGAAAAACGGCUGGGCAAAGUUACAGAUAUCAGAUCUCAGGAUCACUGACUCGGGGACCUAUCAGUGUUUAAUUCAAACAACAGAAGGAAACGAUUAUAAAACUAUAGGUUUGUCAGUUGGAGCUCCAUAUAAAUCGAUCACAAAGCGGAUUGAGACGACAGCGGAGGGGGAUAAGGUGGUGUUGACCUGCCAGUCUGAGGGUUACCCGGAGUCUGUUGUUGUGUGGCAGAAUGGACAUUUGCAGGAACACCAUCCAAACACCACAACUAAACCAGCGCCAGACAAUCUAUUCAAAGUCACCAGUCACAUUGAAGUCAGCUCCACAGAGAAAAACAAUUACACAUGUAACUUUACCAAAGAUGGCUACUCUGCUACAUUUCACAUUCCAGAUGAGAUACUCUCCCCUCAUGGAAAAAACGAUGUCCUUAUUCCUGUGUUGUGUAUUGGAUUUCUGUUAGCUGCCCUCGGUGUUGGAAUGGUGACUUACAAACAUAAAAAAGGUUCCAGAAGUCCCAGCACCAGGAACUGUCUAGUUGAUGAUGGGGAGAACUCCACAUCUGCCACUGCCUGCCUAAAAAGAGAUAAAGAAAGAGAGCUUGAGGAAAUAGUUAUUACUGAAGAGGAAAACCUGAGGUCACAUCUGAAAGCUCGUUAUUCUGAUUUCUCCCUCACUACAAAGGUGAGAUGCCACUGUGAUAAUUUCGCUGCAGAGGAGCUGCCCCACAGGCUGCAAAACAAUGAGGGCCUACAUGUGAGACUCCAGGAUCUACUCCCGAAAGCUGGUAAAGUCCUGUUACUCGAAGGGCCCUCAAGCAGUGGGAAAACAACCGUAGCCAAUAUCCUGCUCUCAUCUUGGACCGAUGGUGCUCCCAAAUUCUUUGACGGCAGUUUUUUGGAUCUUCUUCUGUAUGUGAACUGCAGCGCCUUGAGGGGGGACUUGUUUGAGGAAGCAAGAACUCAGCUGUCUCUCAUUAACAAGGUAUCAGCAGAGGAGCUGAGGACUGCUCUGGCCAAGUCCGACAAGACUCUGCUACUAUUGGAUGGUUAUAAAGAGGGGAACCACUUUUCUGAUGAGACUUUAAGGAGGUUUCUAAGUGAUAGAGGAUCUUGUAGAGUAUUGGUCACUUCCUGUCCAGGUGACUGUCCUGUGCUCAAACAGACUCUGACAACAGAAGGGACGCUGACGCUUCAUAUGCAAUCUGGAAAGUACUGAGAACUUAAACAUAUUUAACAAUUGUAACAUUUUUAAAAGUUUUUAUGGUUUGUAUAGUUUUUUAAAG